UCGUUACGGGAUUUAUUUGAUAAACUUCAGAAAUGCGAACGAUCAGAAUUACCUAAAGAAGGAAUUAAAGAGUUAAUAAUAGAUAAGAUUUCUGAUUUUUUAAAGAGCUUUCAUUCUUUUGAUGAUCUGCCUCUUCACAUGUUAUUG